UGGGAGAACACGGUUAAUAAGGGUAAGGGAGGCGGAGAGGUUAUGCCUGGAACAGACACCAUGUGACUAUUAAUGUUUUGGUACCCAUGCAGGCAGAACAGUUCCCAGUAGCAGUCAAUACAAGGGAUGGCAGGGGUAUGUUAGUAUAUCCAGGCAGCUAUCAUCAAAUGUGUUACAUUGCCUGACCAGACACCCUGCAGGGGGAUUAGAAGGGCUGGGAUUGAGCCGUCACACAAACAAGGGCAGGAGGCUUGGUGGGGGGAUUAUUUGUUAUGCAGGGGUUUAUCCCCUCUGGAUAAUGCAUCAAAGCACCAAGCUCCGUUCUCUCAGCAUGAGCUGUCCGCCACAUUCAAGCGAUGAAAUGGAUGCUGAGCUUGGGGGUCAUGGAACAGGAAAACCGCCACGGCCAUGUGGGUCUAAUAUGGGCAGAAGCCGAGGAAUACGGAAUCACUUGAGCUGCCUCUCGCAGAAAUCAGAUUCUCUGAGUGAUUUCUCAACUUUACAACAUGAUGCCAAGCACAGCCAGGCACUGAAAACCAGCCAAUCAAGGAUUAUGUAUAUCUUUCGCUCCCACAGACGACUGACCGCAGAUGAAACCAGGCGGUGGGCUCGGUCAUUUGAUCUACUCUUGUCGCAUAAAUAUGGCCGCUCUGCGUUCCGUGCCUUCCUGCAGACUGAAUUCAGUGAGGAGAACCUUGAGUUUUGGGUGGCCUGUGAAGACUACAGGAAGACUCGCUCUAUGAACAAACUGCCUGCUAAAGCUCGUCGUAUUUUCCAGGAAUACAUUGACGUUCAAGCUCCCAGAGAGGUUGUUAGAAUCCCAUUCGGCCAUUUUCUGCUUGGCUCACCGCUGCACUGUAACUGUUACCGUGGCAACUAGUCUGGUGCCCUGUUAUUGAGAUUCACCGUGGCAACGAGUCUGGUGCCCUGUUAUUGAGAUUCACCGUGGCAACGAGUCUAGUGCCCUGUUAUUGAGAUUCCCAUCAGUAGUCUUGGUAUGUUAGGAUACAACAAGUUUUCACAGUCUAUUUUUUUUUACUCCCCUUUGCUACCAUAUAGUAUUGUUAACAUUUUGUGCAGCUUUCUUUUUUGUGUGUAUUUAUAUCAUCGUUUACAUACUAGUAUAUUACCAUGUUUAAUAAAUAAUUCCCUUCCAGGUUAUAUAUAAAAUGAGCACCCUACGGAUGCUUCUGCAGUAAAGAUUUGUGACUUUAUUGUAUACAGGUUUUCUGUUUCUAGUGAUGUGUUAACCACUUGUUAACCUUACUGUUUUUGUUCUUUUCUGCCUUUAUGGCAGAAUAUUCAGGACUGAUGCAGGCCAUACAUCAGCGCCACAAUCCCCUGAUUUCCUGACACCUAUCCAAUCCACUGAUUGGUACCAAAGCUGCCAAUCUGCCGGACAUCAAUGAUCGGUUAUCCAUCAGAGAAUCAGGGAAAUUCAGCAUAUUAGAAUAAAAUCCCAGACUCACCGAUCCCAAUUAUUUGUUGGUUGGAAUUGGUGAGACAAGGAUAUCCCACGUUGUAUUUCCCUGAUUCCCUGACUUCUGCAGAACGGGGAAUAAAGGCAAUAUAUCGUAGAUCACCCUCACAGGUGAAAGUGACUAGGCGAAACAUGUCUUGUUCACCAAAUUUGAUAUCUUAAUUUUUGCAUUUUAAAUACUCUCCUUAAAAAUACAUUUUAAAUGAGUCAGAAAUUAACCAUACAAUUGAAUCUAACAUAGACAAAAAGGAAUUUUUUAUUGUCCGAUUGGUCAAUACAGAAAAAUAUAGAAAAAUAAGGAUAUUUACAGGGAUAAAUCUUUAAAACCUCUGACUGUCCAUUGGUAUUCAGUACAGCUGACAACCAUGCUUAUCAAAGGUAAAUUCCUUUUUUUUACUAAUAAGUAUAAAAUUCACCAAAAUGAAGGUUCCAUGCCAGGUUUGCGGAUAUCCAGGCUUGAGUCCAGAUGGUUACAUCAAAUUGACUGAGGUAUCAAUUAAGCCAUCUGUGCUCAAGCAUAGAUAUCUUUAAAUCUGGACUGUAAUGACAGUGGGGUCUAUUCAUGAAGCAGUGAAAAGUGUGGAGAAGUGAGCCAGUGGAGAAGUUGUCCAUGGCAACCAAUCAGCAUUGCAGUAACAUUAAUAAUUUGUAUACUAUACAAUUGUACGGAGUAGCUGAUUGGUUGCCAUAGGUACUAUCAUGUCACUAUCAAAGGUGUAGUACAUCUCCCCCAUGGUGAUACACAGUAUGGGACUAUAAUGUUAAUGAUAUUGCCACCACUUCAAAGGCGCACUAUGAUACUGCCUGGCUUAUUGCUAAUCACACUAACCCCUUCAGAGCCUGUCGCUAUCCAACUACCAGGGCCGGCUCUACCAUUAGGCAGCUUUAGGCGGCUGCCUAGGGGCACCAACCCCUAGAGGGCGCGACUGAAUUCAUCUAGCAAAUAACUGACAGUAUUCUGACUGGCGGCAUCCCGUACCCAACCCCAAUUAAAUCUCCCCACCAGACCCCAUAUACAGUAUUGUACAGUAUAUAAAGAAUAGAUGGCACUCAAGCACUUUUAAAGUGAAAGUAUAUUGUGAACAAAGUCACAAAAUUUUGUGACUUUGGUUACAAUAUACUUUAUCACUUUAAAAGUCCUUGAGAGUUGUCCCUUUUUUCUGUAUGUGUAUAAUGAUGCAAUUCACACCAGUCCACCUAGUGGCCAACUGCAUCUCCACUCUAGGAGGUGGUAGGGUUUGCAGGUUACGGGGUGCUAGGCUGAAGCUUUGCUAGGGUGUAGAGAGACCUUGCACCGGCCCUGCCAACUACUAUAGGCAGAUGUUAUCAAAUAGAUUUACCCAGUCUGUCAAUCAGUCAUAUUUGGGGUAAAAAUCUUCUUGGGCAGGUACAGCCGUAAUGAGAGUAACAGGUCUACAGAGGACUCUCUGUGCCAGGAGAGGGAAGGAAACCGAGUUCAAUCUUUUCUUGGUGUCCGUGUAAUCCGCAAGUAGCAAAAUGCUUAUUGAAAAAACCUAAAGUCCCAAGAAUUCCUAUUAGUAGAUCUCAUACCUGUAUUAUAUGGUGCAAUGUUAUGUGGGAAAUCCUUUGGCUAUUCUCAGUCUACUUUAACCAUUUGUAUUAUGUCCUGUCUGUUCCCUGUAUAUAUUAGGUAUUCAGCACUAUAUAAAUCUGUAUACCUAGAUAUUAGUGGGCAGAUGUAUACAUAUUCCUGACUUCCUGCAGUGCUUUCCAUUCCUGGUUCCUGUAUGUCUGACAAACAGUAUCUCUUACUUUCUGGUCUGCCAUGUUUUUUGUAUACAACUAAUAAACAAAAUCAGACAUUGUAUGUAAA